AUGAGUGAGAAAGGGGAAGAUGGAAGAGACAAAGCAUGGAAGUACACAAAAAAAUUGGAAGGGGAGAGAUACUUUAGAUGUGUAUUUUGUAAUCAAGUAUGCAGUGGCACUAUAUCUAGACUUAAGCAUCAUUUAGCAGGUGUUGCGGGUGGUAUGAAAGCAUGUAAUAAAGUCCCUGCAGAUGUGAAGAAAGAGUACAAAUUAGUUUUAAAAGUAUUUAAAGAUGAUAAAAAUAAGAGAAGCAUUAUGUUGAGUGAGAUUGGGGAAGGAAUUGGUGUAGGAAGUAGUAGUUUUGAUUCUCCAUUAAGUGAAGAAUGUGGGAGUAACCCCAGUAAUACUACAGCUCAACCAAAAACUAAAGGACCACUUGAUAGAUUUGUGUCUUCGGAGCCUAGGCAAACCGUAUUGAAUGAGGCUUACAAAAAAGAAUUAAGGAAAGAAGUUUGUCGGAUGGUUGGGCGUUUUAUGUUUUCUAGAGUGCUUCCUUUCAAUACAGUUAAUGAUCCGUUUUGGUUAGCUAUGGUAGAGGGAAUUGCUAAGUAUGGUGUAGGGUUCAAGCCCCCUUCUAUGCAUGAAUUAAGGACUUGGAUCCUUAGGGAAGAAGUUGAAGACAUUGAUAAGUAUUUUUUAGUCCAUAAAAAAGCUUGGGAAACAUAUGGGUGUUCCAUUAUGUCGGAUGGUUGGACCGAUGGAAAGGGUAGGGUGCUAAUUAAUUUUCUUGUGAAUAGUCCUGCUGGUUCUUUUUUUUUGAAGUCCAUUGAUGCUUCCGGUAGCAUAAAAAAUGGGUCUUUGAUGUUGAAGUACUUGGAUGAUGUGGUGAGAGAAGUAGGGGAAGAGAAUGUGGUUCAAAUAAUCACCGAUAAUGCAUCCAAUUAUAAGAAUGCUGGGAUUAGGCUUAUGCAAAGAAGAGAAAGGUUGUGGUGGACUCCAUGUGCAGCUCAUUGUAUUGAUCUUAUGCUUGAAGAUAUUAGCAAAAUAACGGUGUAUGAGAAAACAAUUAAAAGUGCUAAGCAAGUGGUCAAGUUUAUCUAUGGUCACACAUGGGUUCUUUCUCUCAUGAGGGAAUUCACAAGCAAUAAGGAGAUUAUUCGUCCGGCCAUCACUCGUUUUGCAACUUCCUUUCUCACCCUUCAAAGUAUCUAUAAGCAGAAGCAGCCUCUACAGAUGAUGUUUAACAGCAAGAAGUAG